AUGGCAAUUGCUGACCUGUUGACCACUCUAAUGUUUGCAUGGGCUUCGUUGAUUGAAAAUCUUUAUCAAAAUUAUGUUCUUGGUCCAAUUUUCUGUAAAAUUGAAACCUCAGCUAAAGCGUUUAUGGUUUAUAUACCGCUCUUCAUAAUGACCUUUUCUUAUUGCCUGGUUAUCGCUAAGAUGAAAAACUUUGAGAAUAAAAUAAGCACCGAUGAGAAUAGUAUCAAAAUUAAACACCGACGGAAAGUGAUCUUAAUGUUAUUCAUCUAUCUAAUCACUUCGGCCAUUUGUUGGAGUCCAUUACAAGUUAUCGUUUUUUACCGUUUCAUUGCAUUCAAAUCAGUCGAUUCGGUUAAACCCUGGAACGAGGAGGCUAAAUUUUGGGCUCAAGUUUUCGCAUCGGCUAAUUCAGCUCUUAAUCCAUUAAUCUAUGGGAUAACUAAUGGUUCAUUUCGUAAAGCCAUUUGUUUACUUUAUCCAAAACUUUCCUGGUUCUUAAGAUUGGACAGUUCAUCUUCACGAUCUCGUCGAGUGACCAAUGGCAAUGGUCACAAUGGAAACGUUGGAGGAGCCUAUGGACAAACCCGUGACCGAGAUCUCGUUAAAUCAACAUUUACCAUGUCUAAUUGUGAUAAAAGAUUAGCAAUCAAUAUUAAUAGUAAUAGUAUUUAA